AUGGCUCUUGUGCGUGAUGAUAGUAAUUAUACAUGUCUCAAGACAACGUCAUUAGUUGUGGCUACGGCGGUGCUGUUCGGUGGGAUUGAGACGUUGUUGAUUCUUACUUUGAGGAUACCAUAUAAUAAGGGUGUGACCUGGCCGGACCUGGUGGUUGGUGUUGUUGCGGCAAUUCUACUAGCAUCUGGGCUUUUGCCGCCGUAUUAUGAGUUGUGGAAGAGAGACGGCCGUGUAAUUGGGUUCAACUGGGUGUUCUUGUCCAUUGAUACCCUGGGAGGACUUUUCUCGCUAUUCGCUCUAGCUGCCCAGGGAUCAUUCGAUAUACUUGGAGGCAUCAUGUACAUACUCGUGGUCGUCCUCGAGGCAGGAAUCUAUGCAAGCCAUAUCAUCUGGCGGAUUCGGUACCGCGCAGUACGCAAGGAAGCCAGGGCAUCUGGCAAAAGUAUCGAUGAAGUGCUGGAGGAGCAAAAUAGGGUCCAAACGAACCAGGAAGAUAAGAAGGAUGGGAUCAUUUCUCAUCACCGUGGGAACAGCAGCCGUGUGCAGCAGCAGCAGCAGCAGCAACAGCAAUCGGGGCCGAAAGUAACGCAAACCAUUUCGGAGGCAAAUGCUGCCGGUGCCUGA